CUUCCUUGCAGAACUUACGCGUUGCUGUAAAACACGUCGUGCAUCUUGCUGUUAUUCGGAUAGGUUGAGCAUUUGUUUGCAAAAUGUUUUAUUGAUCAUUGAUAGCUUCACGCUAGCAGAAUUAUCAGCUGUUAGAUUGUUUGUUUACGAGGUAGAAGAAAAGUUACUCUUUCUUCAAAGGCGCUGUUGUGAAAUACCUGAAUUGCAGUUGUAUAGAGAUCAUACUUAUUUAGCCCCAGUAAUUCCCCACAACAGUGUUUUUUGCGUGUUUCAUAAGGUAAAUGACAAGGAAUUUCAUAUUCAUGACCACCAUCAUCUAGCAGUCAAGAAGUUCCUCCAGUUAUUGUCAUUUUCUGGCCUCUUUCGUCCAAAAGGCUCUUUAAAGGAUGGCUACUGGCAUUUCUGCCAAUGAAGUUUGCAAUUCAACUGUGUCCAGAUUAAGUAACAUCAGAUUGGAGGAAAAUGCUCAGAACCAAAAUGCUGGACAGUUUUUAUCAGUUGAUACAGUACCUCAGAACAUGCUGCCUUCUAAUGCCCCUAACAAUCACCAGAGCCAUAUAUACUCUUCAGGAAUGGAAAGAGAAGGAAUGUCGGGAAGUACCAGUUAUCCUCACUCUAGUAGACGGCAGUGUAGCAACAGUUCUGCUGGAUCCAGCUCAGCUUCCACCAGCCAAUCUUGCAGUUCAACACAAAGCAUUCAUUCUGACAGUCAUCCAGUAUACAACUGGCAGGCAACCAAACCAACUGUCAAGGAACGGUUUGCUUUCAUGUUCAACAAUGAGAUCUUGUGUGAUGUUCACUUUAUAGUAGGUCGUGAUAUACAGCAACAGCGUAUUCCAGCACACAAAUUUGUGCUGUCAGUUGGUAGUGCUGUAUUUGAUGCUAUGUUUAAUGGCACAUUAGCUACAAAAGCUGAUGAGACAGAACUUCCAGAUGUUGAGCCUGCAGCAUUUCUUGCUUUACUCAGUGCUUCAAUAGUGUGUUGGAUGAUGGCCAUUCGAUCCCACCUCUUGAACUAUUUUACUUCGCACUUCCAUCCCACAUCACACUGUACUCAGUUUCCAGUAUUUCACAAGAUGCAGCAUGAGUUUUUGUAUUCAGAUGAAGUUCAAAUUGGACCAGAAACUGUGAUGACCACUUUGUAUACAGCAAAAAAAUAUGCAGUUCCUGCACUUGAGAAGCACUGUGUUGAUUUUCUGAAGAGUAACCUGGGUAGUGAUAAUGCAUUUAUGCUGCUCACCCAGGCAAGGUUAUUUGAUGAGCCUCAGCUCGCUGCUCUGUGCCUUGAAAUGAUUGAUAAAAAUACUACAGAUGCUCUUGCAGCAGAUGGGUUCACAGACAUUGACCUAGACACAUUGAAUGCUGUUUUGGAGAGAGACACUUUAAGGAUACGUGAAGCCAAACUUUUCCAGGCUGUAGUCAGAUGGUCCGAAGCAGAGUGUAGUAGACAACAGUUGCCAGCAACUCCAGAUAAUAAACGUUCAGUUCUGGGAAGGGCAUUGUCACUGGUGCGAUUUCCGCUCAUGUCAGUGGAAGAGUUUGCAGUAGGUGCCGCACAGUCAGGUCUUCUGAGUGAUAGAGAGGUUGUCUCACUCUUCCUGUACUUCACAGUGAAUCCAAAACCAGCAGUUAGCUUCCUUGAGGUUCCUCGUUGUUGCAUGACUGGAAAGGAACAGACUGUGAACAGAUUCCAACAGAUUGAAAAUCGAUGGGGAUACAGUGGCACCAGUGAUCGUAUUCGAUUUCUUGUGGAUCGUCGCAUUUUCGUAGUGGGCUUCGGUCUGUAUGGUUCAAUACAUGGUCCAACAGAAUAUCAUGUGAACUUACAAGUAAUCCACACUUCUUCUGGGAAGGUCUGUGGGUCAAACAACACAAGUUUCAGUUGUGAUGGCUCAAACUAUACUUUCCGGGUCAUGUUUAAGGAACCUGUAGAAAUACAUCCGAAUACUAGUUACACAGCAUCUGCUACUCUCAAGGGACCUGAUUCACAUUAUGGAACUAAAGGUCUGCGCAAAGUGACAUUAGACUGUCCAAGUAUUGGGAAAGUGACCUUCCAGUUUUCCUAUGCUGCAGGAAAUAACAAUGGAACUUCAGUAGAGGAUGGUCAGAUUCCAGAAAUAAUAUUUUAUACUUAAAGAGAAACAAUAAUGUGCAAUGUUCCUUCAAAACAAGCAAGGAAUAACCCUUUAUUUCUAUUUAUAAUUUGCAUUUCCUUAAAGAAAUUAUACUAUUUAAGUAUUAUAAGUAUGCACUCAUAAACUAUAAGUCAUAAAUUUGCUUUGUUUUUAUGGCUAUGAAAAUAGUAUAAUGAACUAAAAAAUACUUGAUACCUACAAUUUUUCAUAUUCCUAUUAUACAAAAGUCAUAAAAUGGCAUGAAACUGCUAUAUGCUGCAAUAUUGUUCAUAGGAGAGCAUGUACUAAUUGAAUUCAGUCAGCAUAAAAAUGGCAUCAAGUGAAGGAUGAAAAGGUAAAUAUAAUUUACGUUUUGUACAUACAAAAACGUUUAAUUUCUAAUGUAAGUUGGCAGUCGUGUGUGUGGAAGUUAUGCAGUUGUAAUACACUACUUCAGUUUUCCAAUAAACAUGCUUACCUUCAUA